AUGUUCUUUAAACUACCUUUUUCUAUCGUCGCGCUACAUGUGCUUUCCGAGUUCUAUCAGCGUUGUGGCCGCUAUUACAGUACUGAGGGCUGGACAGGCGACGUCACUUCCGUCGGAGUUUCUACGGAUGCCGCGACUGGUAGUGGUGGAAACAUCGGUGAUGCUGGAGACAGCAACGAGGGAGGAAGUGGUGGUACAGCGAGCGGAUGUGCGGUGGUCGUCGCUGCGAGUGGAGGGGGUAGUGUGGCAGUUGCUACUGAGGAAGAGCGAGGCAUCACGGCUCAACUUUUCAGCCUUAUCUUCGACAAUCUCGCCCAACAGCCCUAUGAUCCGGAGCUAUUCUCCUAUGCCCUACCUUGUCUCUGUGCCAUUGGUUGCGCCUUACCGCCGGACUAUUGCAAUCCAAAAGCGACUCCAGAGGAUCCGAUGGGUCUCGGCGUGUCUGCAGGCCGAUCAGGCGCAGUUGGUGUACUUUCAAACCUUGAGUCGCAUGGUAUGGUUAGCAUACAAAUAGCAAAUGGCCACUUCUUCCUUUAUGCUUUUCAUAACCUAAGAGCUACCAACCAGAUACUACUUUUGAAUGUACGAAGUAAAAGCGGGUUUCGAUGA